AGUAAACAAUGCAUGUCGCCGCGUCCUGUGCGGCUCGAGUAGAUUUUUGCACCAAACCCAGUCAAAGCUUUUCACAUUUAUUUACACGCGUAUUGUCGCCAUGUUCGUUGCAAGAUUCAGAACUCUUUCGGCGUAUGUUGGGAGCGGUGUUGUCGGCUCUGUCUUGGUUUAUUCUUUGGCGAGACAAGGUCAAGCCUCAUUUGUCCAUGCAGAAGCAAGGAGAGGGUUGAAGGAUAUGCGUGUUGUGGUGGUAGGAGGUGGUUAUGGUGGGGUAGCUGCUGCAAUGAAGUUAAAGGAUCAAUGUAACCUGACGUUGAUUGACAGCAGAGAUGCAUUUCAUCAUAACAUGGGUGCACAGCGAUCCUCUGUUGAACCAGGAUUUGCUAAGAAGUGCUUCAUUUCGUAUGAACCAACAUUUGGCAAAGGAUUCAAACAAGGUGCUGUGAAUGCCAUCUUGGCUCAGGAAAAGAAAGUUCAGUUGGUUGGUGGAGAAACAGUCAGUUAUGACUACUUGAUUAUUGCAACCGGAACUGGUGGCCCUUUUCCCUGCAAGCUUGGCAUGAAUGUGAAUGAAAAUGAAGGAUUGGCUUCUUACAAUAAAAUAUCUCAAAUGGUGAAGGACGCUAAGAAGAUUGUUGUCAUUGGUGGAGGAGCAGCAGGUGUUGAACUCUCUGGUGAUAUCAGAGAUGACUAUAAGACCAAGGAUGUUACACUCAUCCAUCCACGGGAGAUCCUUGUCAAUGAUAAAGUGAAUGAAUCAUUUCAAAAAACUGUCAAAGAUCGGUUGCAGUAUCUCGGAGUCAAGACAAUCUUGGGUGAACGUGUAAGUAAUAUGGAAGAAUUGCGUGCGAAGAACUUCCAGAAUGUUGUUGUGAAAACAGACAAGGGAAAGAAGAUAGAAGCAGAUUUGGCAAUUCCCUGUACUGGUUUGAAAAUUAACUACGGUGCUUAUAAAACAAGUUUAGCUGAUAAAACGGACAAAGAGGGUCAGCUAAGGGUGGACAAAUUUCUCCAGGUGGAAGGCAUGAAAGACGUAUACGCCAUUGGAGACUGUGCCAAUACGCCUGAACUAAAGGUGGCGACUGGUGCCCAGGCACACGGGGAGCAUGUCGCGGCCAAUAUCAAGCUGUUAGCCGAAGGCAAAGAGCCAAAACCUUACACCAUAAAUGAAAAAGUCAGCAUGUGUCUAUCAAUUGGCCGCAGUGGUGGAGCUGUACAGUUGAGCAAUGGUUGGGUAGUUGGUGACUGGGCUGCUCGCUUUAUCAAGGGAAAGGACGUCUUUACUGGAAUGACAUGGAAAGCUAUGAAAAGGGACAUGCCACCAGAUCAGUGAAAAUAUUGCUAUCGAACUAUAUAAAUAUGCAUUGAACUAUAUGGAAUAAUUUUCUGGAAGGAUCUUUACCGUUUUAACUUUAUGAAAUAAAGUUAUGGUAUAACUUCA